UUCACUCACACAAACGUCAGUGUUGGAGGAAGUGUAUGCUGAGACUGGAAACUAUUCUGUAUUUGUUCUAAUAUGAGACCGAAUGUGUGAAACUCGGCUGAAAAUGAAGCCAAUUCAAGUUCUGGAUAUUGAAAGUAAAGAUAUUGGGAAAUGGAAAUCUCUACGAUUGUUGUGUAUUGCUGCAGUCAGUUGUGGACUUUUAAAAUCUACAGAAGUGUCUGCAUGGACGUAUGAAUUUGGGUCCGAUAUUAUGACAUGGAAAAAAGCCUAUGAUUAUUGUGAAAAAAAAUUCACUGGUAUGGUUGUCAUUCAAAGCAACGAAGAAUCAUCCUUCCUAAAGGACAAACUGCAACCUGUUGUUGCUAACCACUACUGGAUUGGGAUUAGAAAACAUGACCAAGAUUGGAGACGGGAAGGAACCAAUAUAUCACAAACUUUGGAUGUGGAAUAUUGGGCCCCAGGAGAGCCAAAUAACAAAAAUAAUGCACAAAAAUGUGUAGAAAUUUACCUAGGAAGACAUAAAUAUAGUGGGAAGUGGAACGAUGAAAAUUGUGAGAAGGAAAAAAGAGCUCUGUGUUAUCUAGUCAGUUGCCAAGAUUCAUCUUGCAAUCACCAUGGGGAAUGUGUGGAGACACCUGGAAAUUAUACCUGCAAAUGCUGGCCAGGAUUCCGUGGAGCAAAUUGUGAAAAUGCUGUAUCAUGCAUGGCUCCAGAGAGACCAGAGCAUGGACACAUCAACUGUACUGAUGUAUUUGGAGAAUUCCAGUAUAAAUCCAUUUGCAGAUUCAGCUGUGAUGAGGGAUUUGAAAUAAAAGGAUCAAAAUCCCUACUGUGCCAGAACUCAGGAGAAUGGUCUGAAUUUGCACCAACAUGUUUAGCUGUAUCAUGCAUGGCUCUACAGAGACCAGAACAUGGACAAAUCAAUUGCUCUGAAGCAUUUGAAAAAUUGCAGUACAGCGCUAUGUGCAACUUCAGCUGUGAAGAGGGAUUUGAAUUAAAAGGAUCAAAAUCUCUAUUGUGCCAGAACUCAGGAGAAUGGUCAGAAUCUGCACCAACAUGUUCAGCUGUAUCAUGCAUGGCUCUACAAAGACCAGAGCACGGAAACAUCCAUUGUUCUGAUGCAUAUGGAAAAUUCCUGUACAGCUCUAUAUGCAACUUUAGCUGUGCAGAGGGAUUUGAAUUAAAAGGAUCAAAAUCACUAUUGUGCCAGAACACAGGAGAAUGGUCAGGAUUUGUACCAACAUGUUUAGCUGGAUCUUGCAUGGCCCUACAGAUUCCAGAACAUGGACAAAUCAAUUGUUCUGAUGUAUACGGAGAAUUCCAGUAUGACUCCAUUUGCAACUUCACUUGUAACGAGGGAUUUGAAGUAAAUGGAUCAAACUCAUUAUUGUGCCAGAACUCAAGAGAAUGGUCCGAUUCUACACCAACAUGUUUAGCUCAGAAUAUUUCUCCUGGAAAGCAGCACCAGUUUGCCAUAGUAGGUUCUUCUCUAGCAGCUACCGGACUGACUCUUUCUGGGAUAAUUGCAUUUUCAAUAAAUCACUUUCGUAAAAAAAGAAAUCCCAGCCUCCUGGCACCCCACAAACACCCAGCGAAUACAUUUGAUAAUCCUGCAUUUGAAGAGAAGGACAUUAGCUCAUUUGAUCUUUAGUUCCUGGAACUGAUUUUUACUACUUCGAUGUCAACAAGACGCUGCAAAACUCUGGAUAUAUGGAAACACUUUAUUACCUUUACCAUGAAUCAAUGUCACUGAAUAAAGCAAAUAUGAAUAUGG